AGGAACAGCCUCAUUUUCAAUUGACAGUGCAAAGAAAAGAGCAUUUCUUUCCAUAUAGUUAUAUUUGGAAUCAUGGUUCAGGACAUUACAGAAAUGAGAUCGACUACUCCAGGCGAGCAGGAACCAAGUACUGGGGUUCUCAAGCGAUCUGCUAGCACAAGCAUGUCCGCUGAAGAAACGUUGGUGCGAGUUCAAGAGGAGGCCAUCGUAGUAGACAACACAGAGGACGGACAAGAAAAACAGUCUCAAGUUCACAUAUCCCUGACAGCAGCAUGGAAUGGGCAAAAGUACCCGAUAUUACUACCUGCCACCUCAACAAUUGGUGAUCUCAAGCGGCAAUUAGCUGAAGUUACCCAAGUGCAGCCAUUGCGCCAAAAACUCAUUGGAUUCGUCAAGGGGAAGCUACCGAAUGAUGAUGUGGUAUUGGACUCGUUGGGGCUGAAGGCAGACCAUGCUUUCAUGAUGAUCGGGACAGUGGAGCAGAAGAUUCUGCAGGAGCCUGCGAUCGCGGAAUUACCAGAGGUCGUAAAUGACCUUGAUUUUGAUUUUCUUGAUUACAUGCCGAGUGAUGAUCGGUAUCGGAAUGAUGAGCGCAAUCGAAGGAAGCUGCGAGAAUACAUAGAUAAGACAAAAAUCACUGUGUUUAACGAUUUAAGGGCAGGAAAGAAGAUGUUGGUGCUGGACCUAGACUACACAUUGUUUGACUGCAAAUCUACUGCGGGACACAUAUCAGAACUGGCCCGUCCGGGACUACAUGAAAUGUUGACGGCGGUAUAUGCAUAUUAUGAUAUUUGCAUAUGGAGUCAAACCUCUUGGAAGUGGCUAGAAAUGAAAAUCACGGAGUUGGGUAUCUUGACGCACUCUAGUUAUCGGAUAGCCUUCGUUAUGGAUCGCACUUCCAUGUUCAGUAUCACUAGUACGACGAGGCGGGUUGACGGCAAGCCCGUAAAGCAUGAAGUCAAGGCGUUGGACAUUAUCUGGACCAAAUUCCCGGACCGAUACAGUGCAGCGAAUACCAUUCACAUUGACGAUGUCAGCCGAAACUUUGCAAUGAAUCCUCAAAGCGGCUUGAAGAUUUCUGCGUUCAAAAACGCGCCCAUCAAUCGCCACAAAGAUCGAACCCUGUUUCCUCUCACAAAGUAUCUUCUUCAACUGGCACUCGUGGAUGACUUUCGAAGACUCGAUCAUAAGAAUUGGAAAUCUUUCAGUGGCCAACUUCCAUCCAACAUACCAGACAUGUCGUUCCCACCCGAAUGGGGAUCCAAUUGGGGCGCAUUUGGUGGUAGUGGGUCGUAAACUGAAUACAAUUUUCAUGUUUGACUGGC